UUUAAAUUUAAGAUUAAAAUUUUGAAGACAUUCUCUGUAAACUGUAUGGGCUUUUGCAAUUGGAGGUUGGUUUGAAAUGCAGCUGUGCGCUGAAUUAUUAGGCAAUGUAAGUACAGAUGGCAUUUGAGUGGCAAUGUAAGUUGUUUAAGCAUACCCUGUUCUUGAUCAGUUUACCUGCCUGGGGUAGUACUUACAGAAAAAGACACCUAGUUCUGUAAUCCAGUUCUUGACUGCAGUUUUCUCAACUGCUACAGCUGUAGCUGCUUGCUUUAUAGUGCAGUGUUCCUCUCACAGAGUACUGAAGCGGAAAAAAGGUGCUUAAGGAGAAAGAGGGUUAACAAACAAAAAUUAUGUAGCUCCUGUGAAAUAAAGGUGAAAAUAAGACUGGCAGGUUAUAAAUCUUGUUGUAACUCAGCCUGACAUAUUUUCACACAAAAGCAAUUGCUGAAUCAUAAAAACCGUGUGUGUUUGAACAAUAGUAAGACAACACUGUUGUGCUCUUAGAUACUUGCAUUUGCAGUGACAGCACAAAUCAGCUUUAGAGAUAAGCCGUAAGUAUUGCAUUUGACCUUAAAAAGCUCUGUCCUGAUGGUAUUUCUAAGCUCAUCUGAAGGAUGUUGAAGACACUAUCUCACACAAAAAUCUUGAAAGGCUUCAGGGUCUGCUUUCCCAGUAAGAAGAUAACACAUGACUAGCAUCCAGGAAGUGAGUGGAUUUUUUCUUCAACAACUCACCAAAUUCCUGAGAAAGAGAAAUUAUUUUUCCUGAAGUUGUUAAAGCUGACAUGAGCAGAAAGGAAGGUGAUUUUUUUUAGCCCUACAAAUCUACCUAGUAUUUGAAAUGCUGAAGAGGAAAUUACGGUUUUGCCACAACUUACGCUUCAGGCUUUUCUUGGGUUUAACUCUAAUUGUAGUAAUCAUUUCAGUUUUGAAAGUCAACCAGAAACAAGACUUCUUAAAUCAGAGACAUCUUGAGCUGACACAAGAAGAUCCUGUUGGCAAUGUUAACUGCACCAAGAUUAUAGAGGGGGAUAUAGAAGAAAUUCAAAAGGUAAAGCUUGAGAUGUUGUCAGUGUCAUUUAAGAAACGCCCCAGAGUAACAACGAAUGAUUAUAUUAACAUGACAGCAGACUGUGCCUCCUUCACCAAGACUAGGAAAUACAUUAUGGAACCUCUCAGCAAUGAAGAAGCAGAAUUUCCAAUAGCUUACUCAAUAGUGGUUUAUCACAAAAUUGAGAUGCUUGACAGACUUCUAAGGUCAAUCUAUGCCCCUCAGAAUUUUUAUUGCAUUCAUGUUGACAAAAAGUCUCCAGAAUCUUUUUUUGCUGCUGUGAGGGGAAUAGUCUCAUGUUUUGAUAAUGUCUUUAUUUCUAGUCAGUUAGAGAGUGUUGUAUAUGCUUCAUGGAGUAGAGUGCAGGCAGACAUUAACUGCAUGAAAGACCUCUACAGAAGAAGUUCAAACUGGAAAUACCUAAUAAACCUCUGUGGCAUGGACUUUCCAAUAAAGACCAACCAGGAAAUAGUAGAGAAAUUAAAAGCCCUUAAAGGUGAAAACAGCUUGGAAACAGAAAAAAUGCCUGUUUAUAAAGAAGUAAGGUGGAAAAAACACCAUGAGAUUAUUGAUGGUAAAAUAAAGAACACAGGCAUAGACAAACAACUACCGCCUCUCAAUACUCCAGUUUUUUCUGGUAGUGCCUAUUUUGUAGUUAGCAGAAAAUUUGUUGAAUACGUAUUAGAAAGCAGCAAAAUACUUAAGUUCAUUGAAUGGGCAAAAGACACUUACAGCCCAGAUGAGUACUUGUGGGCAACAAUUCAGAGAAUCCCUGAAGUCCCAGGUGCAGUUUCUUCUAGUGACAAAUAUGAUGUUUCUGACAUGAAUGCAUUGGCCCGAUUUGUCAAGUGGCAGUACUUUGAAGGGGAUGUGUCCAAAGGUGCACCCUACCCACCAUGCAGUGGAGUUCAUGUUCGCUCUGUCUGUGUUUUUGGGGUAGGAGACCUAAACUGGAUGUUACGAAACCACCACUUCUUUGCUAAUAAGUUUGACACUGAUGUUGACCCUUUUGCAGUGAAAUGUUUGGAAGAGUAUUUGCGACACAAAGCUUUAUAUCUGCAGAAGAACUGAAAUACUGCAUGCUCCUGUGACAAAACACAGGUACAAAUAGUAUACAGCUAUGUACUUUUAACAUGUAAUGCCAACGGUAGUGAUGCUGAUCAUGGGUAUAAUGGUUCUCACCAUGUCAAUAUGGUGGUGAUGACACCUUCCCUGACUUGUUCAUAGACAAGGGGGACAAAAGACAUCAAGAUGGGGAUGACUUGUGUUGCACACUGAUGUUUAAAACUUCAGGUAUAAAAUAGGAGAUAGCAAUUUUUGAAAGGUCAACUACUUGGAAUAUUUAUUACCUAAAAGAUGUAGUUAAUGGGCUUCCUUUGGCUAAACUAUUUGUUUCAAGGCUUGGAAAAUGCAUGUUGCUCAUGAGUAUUUGUCAGGGUUUUUUUUUGAAUGAAUAUAAUGCUAGUUGAAAGGGAAAUACGAAGAGGCAGGAA